AUGAUGAUGAUGCUCAACCUGGCCAUCGCUGCGCCAGUCGGUGAUAAUAUGAAGAAUGAUAAUGAUAAUGAUAAACGUCAGGUAAGUCAAAUCAACCAUCUAUCCAUCAAGCUAUGCACUCUCGGAACCCUCGACUACCUCGCUGGCACACAAGGAAACCCCGCCGUCGGCGCCCUAGGCAAUCUCGCUCCACAAGGCAACAUCAUGAACUCGGUCCACAAGAUCCCUGUGAUCGAAACGCUGGGGAAUUUCGGCACGGAGGGGGGAAAGAAGUCUUCUGCUUCGAAUUGA